AUGAAGCUAACAAUCGUCUUUCUUCUGGGUGCCUUGGCCCUGCUGAGUUUAUCUGAUAAAACCAGAGCUGACUCCCAGGGAAGAAUGGCCAAUUGUAACAGUGAAGGUAUUGGAUGCCCUAGGAAUUACAACCCUGUCUGUGGUUCUGAUGGAAAUACUUAUUCCAAUGAAUGUAUGCUAUGUGUUGAAAACCAGAAGCGCCAGACACCCGUCCUCAUUCGAAAGUCUGGGCCUUGCUGA